CGAAAGUUUUUGUUAUCGAUCGUGUGACGCACAAAAUUUUUCAUUAAUUUUUAGUAUUUUAUCCGGGUUAAUCGGUUCGCGGCGCGUUUUCGGGAGUGAUAAUGCAGCGUUCCGUCGGCGAGGAACAGGAUUGUGGUGGUGACAACGGUGAGGACGGGUCGUCCGAUAACAAUCUCGUUCCAGCGAGCAGCUCCGUCGCCAUCGGAGGCGCUGAACCGCAGUCGGGUCCCAGCGGCGGUGAUUGCAAUGCCAACGUAGUAAAUCAGCAGAAUCUGUCACUAUCGGAGCCAGCGUCUCUGUCCGAUGGUCUACCAUCGUCGGUGGGCGGUUCUAGUGACUCUGCCAGCAUCAUUACCAAUGCUCGUGGUUCGAUUAAUUUCACCGGAACGCCGAAACUAGGUAGCAGUGACCGCAGCUCGAAAAACGGCUCGCAGCUACUGUCGUCAGCGACGACGGUAGCGACCAUCAGUAAUGGUUCCGGCUCCGGUGCUGGCGCAGGAAAUCUUGCCACGGAUGGCAGUUUUGCUGACGAGGGAGAUACAGUAACGAUAGUGGAAAAUCCUGCCGAAGUUGAGUCGGUAAAAUCUCCGAUGACCACAACCAACACAUCGGUACGAUUGGGAUUGUUGCCUUGGAAUACUCAUAAUCGAACGUCGGUCGUGCAUACCAGUGCAUCCGUCACAGUCGAUAUGAUGGCGGCUUGCGACGGAACUUUGAGGCCGGGUGAAAUCGUAAUGCGAACAUUGUUUGCUGAUUUUACGCUGCAAGCGGAGAAGAAAAUUGAGACAGUGAUGUUGGAAAGUUCUGAGAAAAAUCUGGCCAAAUUAUUGCAACGCGGAGAAGAUAAUCAGUUUGAUCAACUGCUGCAAGCGCUUGGCUCUGUGGCUGAGCACUGUUUGCCAUCGCUACUGAAUGCGUUGCUUGCUUGGCAUCGACAUCAGACCUGUGAUGGCGAUAUUAAACGUGAUUACAAACGUUUAGAGACUGAAAGACAACCCAUCGCGGCGAAGUCAAGCAAUGAUUUGGAAUGCCAGCUGCAGCGGAGAGAAGCAGCAGUUGAGUUCAUUUUCUGUUUAGCGCUGAUCGAAAUCCUUCGGCAGUUUCCCUUUCAUCCUGGUCAUGACAAUAUAGUGAAAAAUAUUGAGAAUCUCGCAUUCCGUCAGUUCAAGUACAAAGAGGGUGUUCAGGGUUCGCCGAACGCACAGUACAAUCACAUGAUUGCCGAUCUGUAUGCGGAAGUGAUUGGCGUGCUGGCGCAGAGUCGCUUUGCCUCCGUUAGAAAGCGCUUUAUGACGGAUUUGAAGGAGCUUCGCAGCAAGGAACCGACUCCACAUACCACGCACAGUAUUAUAAGCCUGCUGAUGGGGAUGAAAUUUUUCCGUGUAAAAAUGGCCCCCAUCGAGGAGUUUGAGGCAUCGUUUCAGUUUAUGCAUGAGUGUGCUCAGUACUUCCUAGAAGUUAAGGAUAAGGACAUCAAGCACGCGAUGGCCGGCCUGUUUGUGGAGAUACUAGUUCCGGUGGCCGCGGCCGUCAAAAAUGAAGUCAACGUUCCGUGUGUGAAAAAUUUCGUUGAUUUGCUGUACUCACAGACACUGGACGCGUGUACUAAAUCCAAGCACAAACUGGCACUGUUUCCGUUGGUAACGUGCCUGCUAUGUGUAUCGCAGAAAUCAUUCUUCCUUAGUAAUUGGCAUUGCUUUCUUGCCAUGUGUCUUAGCAAUUUGAAGAACAAGGAUCCUAAAAUGAGCCGAGUGGCACUGGAGUCCCUUUAUCGCCUACUUUGGGUGUACAUGAUAAGAAUCAAGUGCGAAUCGAAUUCGGCGACUCAUUCGAGGUUGCAGAGCAUUGUAAAUUCACUGUUUCCUCGAGGUUCGAAAGCGGUUGUUCCGCGGGAUACUCCGUUGAACAUUUUCGUCAAAAUUAUUCAGUUUAUCGCUCAGGAGAGGCUUGAUUUUGCCAUGCGGGAUAUCGUUUUCGAGUUGCUUUGUGUAGGGCGACCGAUAAAAAUAAUAAUGACUCCGGAACGGAUGAGUAUUGGUUUGAGAGCAUUCCUGGUGGUGGCCGAUUCUUUGCAGCAAAAAGAUGGCGAACCGCCGAUGCCAAGGACUGUUGGGGUUCUACCGUCCGGAAAUACGCUCAGAGUGAAGAAAACCUAUUUAAACAAAAUGUUGACGGAGGAUACCGCUCGCAGUAUUGGUAUGUCCAAUUAUUUUCCCCACGUUCGGAGGGUUUUCGUUGACAUUCUGAGAGCAUUGGAUAUUCAUUGUGGUAGACCUCUGAUGAUGACGAUUAAUCAAAAUCUCAACAAAGAGCCGGACGAGAUGUUGACGGGCGAGAGGAAACCCAGAAUCGAUUUGUUCCGUACGUGUGUGGCAGCUGUUCCCAGAAUAAUUCCGGAUAAUAUGACUGGGCAUGAGUUGGUCGAUAUGCUUUCCAGAUUGACGAUUCACAUGGAUGAAGAACUACGAGCGUUGGCACAUCAGUCGCUUCAAACGUUGGUUGUAGAUUUUCCCGAUUGGAGACAGGAUGUCAUUCAAGGAUUCACUCAAUUUUUGGCCAGAGAUGUAGUUGAUACAUUCCCUCAUCUGCUAGAUAACGGAAUGCGAAUGCUUUUUGCCUUUUUAACUGUGUGGAAGAAUGCGUUAAGCAACAGUGGAGCGAGUAAUAGCAACAACAAUACGCUAAAUACAAAGGUUGGAUCGAACACAGCUGCGACACAACGAGUGGUGUUCUACCAACAGGACUCCGGAUUUUCUAAAUCUCAGCCACAGCCGAGCACUCCUUCGCUCAAUGCUGCAACAAUAAAUUCGAACUCGAGCGGCAGCUCCGGAAUUUCUUCCAUUACGCAAACUACCACCAUAGCAGCGGUUGGAAGCGCGGAUACUACCGGACAUAGUUCGAUAUUAGCUUCUUCAGGCAAAAAAAGUCACGAGCAGCCUCUUGCCACUACCAUGCAUCUCGUGGAAGGCUUUGCCCUGGUGAUGCUAUGUAAUUGUCGACCGGCACCGCGGAAAUUUGCGGUUAACAUUUUGAAGGAGGUGAAAAUUUUGAUGAAAGCUCUUGGUAUUGUGGAGACCGAACCUCCGUUGAUUGAUGUCAUUGAUAGGUGCUGCCCUCAGGUGCUGGAGAAAUGUUUGCAUAUGUUGCCCCAGGCCGACCGGACUGCAAUGCUGAAUGCAAAUCUCAUCGACCUGCAGUGGAUUGUGGACCGUAACAGUGGCAUUUGGACGGUCGGCCACAUCGAGGACUCGACGAAGGCAUCAACGCUUACCUUGUGCCAUUCGCAGUCCUCCGGUCAAGCUUACGACCCGUGGAGUGUAUGCUUGUUCGGCUUUAUGGAACGUCAGCAUGUGCUGCAGUACUGCCCGUCGGCGGUAGCUCAGGCGUGGCCUAUUUGUUACCAGCGGGUGACGAGUUUGUUCAAUGUGAUUGAUCCGACGCCAGUUAGCGAUAAUCGGGCAUCGCUGCUGCGGAGCUCCGCACCGCCCAAAAAGCCACCGUCCGAAGCGCAACGAGAUUCAUUGGCGCAUUUAUGGAAAAAUCAGGUGGCACUGGCAAUGCGGCUGGUACCGCAAAUGCCCAGCGUAGCCGUACGCUGUGCCUCUCCGGAUCUCAGUCUCAGUCUGCAUGACCAGUCGGAUUCCCGCUCAUUGUCAGAUUCGCUGGACAAUAUUCCGUCAUCGGUGUUCGGACCAGAAGGAAUCGUUACUCGGUUCACUUUGCCUCUAUCCUAUGGCCGCAAAGAUGCCAGACAUAAAAGACAAGGCUCCUCGCCAGACUCACUUUCGGCGGAUCGAAGUGAUAAAUCCAGCGGCGCCACCGCUUCGCCGGUGGCACUCUACAAGCUCGUAAUCCCUUUGCUGCGCUGUGAAGUGUCCGACAUUCGGGAUUCGGCCGUCAAUGCCCUCGGGAUGAUCAACCACGAUGCUCUGAAGGACCUAAUGGAGGAGCUGGUUGUGUACAUACGGGAGGCCAUUGACCGCAAGCAGGAAAAUAUGCGUAGGCGUAGACGCCGGGACGCCCUUCGGCUGCAGCUGGUUCGAGUGCUGGAAAAGAUCGUCGAAAAUGGCACCUUCGGAAUCAGUCCUUUCGUGCUGGAACGCGACACGAUGACCCUCCAUCCGACGUUCGUCGAGUACAUCGACGGGGCGCGGCUUUAUCUGGAAGCGGACACGGAUAAAGACAACAGUAGCAUGCGUGAAGUGAAAACUCAUUUCUGUGAUUUCAUACGAAAAAUGAUUAAAAACUUUUCGCUAGAAUCCUGCUCGUCACUGCUGACGAAAGAGUUGAAGCGGAAUUUAGUUAAUUUAUUCGCUUCUUGGAGCGGCUCCUACGCGGUCCCCUUCGGCGGUAUAAGCAUGACUGCCAGUCACCAUACUGUCAGCAGCAGCACCAUUAGCAGCAUAUCGGCCGACGAGGAAAAGCUUCAGUUUAGCGCAUUACAGGCUACAUCGGCUCUUCUGUGCUGCGGUCCCUGCUUCGAGCCCAAGUACUUGGUUGAGGACGGUGUUUUAUACAACUGGCUCGAUAUGCUGAUGGCAUCAAAGGACGCAAAGAUAUACGACCUCGCCAAGGAAACGGUCGUGCUGCUACUCGAAUCCAGCCCAGAUAUUGGCCAACUGCUGGAGUGGGUUAUCGAUCGAUGCUACACGGCCUAUCCGCGUGAGGCGGACGCGUGCUUUCUCGCCCUGGCUGUCAUCUUCAGUGCGCGCGAGUAUCCGUGCGAUCACUACACAUCGGUAAUCAACGUCACUCUACUGAUGACCGGCUGUCCACGCGUUGAAGUUCACUCAACCGCACUUCAGUUGCUGCAAAUUUUGGACAAACGCUUUUUCGGCAACGUUGGCCCUCUGCAGUCGGAAAAUGAUAGAGAGCUGGACAAGGUUGGCACUUUAGAUACCGUUCUAAGUGGGGCGUACUGUCGCUCGCAGAUGUACCUCUCGAGACAGAUGGCCAGGCUGCGACCCGAGCUGACAAUGUCGAUGUUUUCCGAAAUAACACACCGCUUCCAGACCGCCCGUUCGGAAGUUCGCGCUCUGCUGUUGCAGUGUCUGCUACCCUGGCUGGAGAACGUGGAACUGGUUGCAACCAGUGUUCCGCCGGCUACGCCACUUUCCUAUAUUAUGUACUAUCCAGACUCCAGCACGCGAGGUCGACGUGAGGGUUCCGGUUCAACCGAAGCCACCGAGAUGAUUUUGAACAAUCUAUUCUACAUAACGGCGAAGUUUGCAGAUUCGCACCCGUACAUUGAGGAGCUCUGGGGAACCCUUUGUCAGUUUUGGCCCAACAAUCUGAAAGUUAUUCUACGCUAUCUGCUCAUAAUCUCCGGAAUGGCCCCCAACGAGCUGCUAGCCUACGCCAAACGAGUCGCACUCUAUCUGGCCCGGUCCUGCACCAAUCGCCUUCUGGACGAACUGAUGAGCGAGCUGCAAACGGUGGAGACGUUAAAUUGUCUAAUUGAGCGUACCGAGACCCCGCCGUUUUACCGGUUAACGAGCAUGCGGAAGGCCUCCAGCCAUUCGGACGGACCAGCCUCGGGAAACAACGACCCGAAGGUUCAGGACGUCGGCGUGGAGAAGGGCACCAUUCACACCAAACGACACAGCGGCGAAGAUCACAUCAAAUCGGGAACAUGCAAAUCGGACAGCGCACUGCGCACCUUUGCCACCGGUUAUCGACCUCCCCGCGGAAGCGACAAAAUCCGCACGGCGUCCGGACCGUGCGUGCUGCCCCGGCACGAGGACGUGCUGCUGAUGAACGAAACCGAAAUGAAUCAAGAGGACAAUUUUGCCCAGAUGCGUAACAACGAGCAACCGACGGCACCCCAUCCGCUACCGAUGCCGGAAUACGGGGGCUAUUUUGCCCCGCUGACGGAAUUUCUACCCGAUGCAACCAGUCCGAUCAGUGGCUUCCAUAGAUGCAACGUGGCCGUCAUGCUGCUGACCGACAUCGUAGUGGAUGGUAUUCCCGGAUUGGACUGGACGCUGCACGUGCCACUCAUGCUGCACAUUCUCUUUCUCGGAUUGGACCAUACCAGACCGAUCGUGCGGGACCAUUGCAAAAAGCUGCUGCUAAAUUUAUUGAUUGUCCUAGCGGAGCACAACGACCACCUGAACGUUGCCAAAAUCCUUCUGAAUAGUGACACCUCCAAGCUUCGUUUGGGGCUGACCGUUCCUUCGCUGCCUGUGAUCGAGCAUAAUUUCACCGAACCGGACCAGGAGUUCGACAGUUACCUGUUCGGGUUGAACAGUAACGUUCCGCAGACAACGUUAUCGCCGGCAUCCAAUCAGCCGAACGAGGAAACGCCGGUCCCGACGAUCGUCACCGAGGAAAAUGCCCCUCCGCUGCCGGGACCCUUGAUGCCGACGGCGCACGUAAUCAAGAGUCUGAUCAAAUUCCUCUCCCAGGACAGCGCUCAGCCACUGUGGAACUACGAGGAUAUCACUGCGAAGGUGUGGACUAUUAAGUCGGCGGAACAGUUGCAGUGCUUCCUCCGGCAUAUCGUGAAAGUGUUCUCUGACAGCUAUUCUCACGCGAGAAUUGCCGAACGGUGGGCACAGACGGCGUUGCAGUUGGGGCUAAGUUGCUCCUCGCGUCACUAUGCCGGACGUAGUUUGCAGGUGUUCCGCUCGCUCAAUGUGCCGAUCAAUUCGCGCAUGCUGAGCGAUAUUCUAUCGCGGCUGAUCGAAACCGUAGCCGAGCAGGGAGAGGAUAUGCAAGGCUACGUAACCGAGCUACUAUUAACGCUGGAAGCGGCUGUCGACAGUCUGGACUCGGACUUCAGACCGCUAGAUGUGAUGAAGGACAUAUUCAAGAGCACACCGAAUCUAAACAACAAAGAUGGCGCCAUUUCGAACGUGUACGGAAAUAAAAGGUCUAGCGAUGGUCUUCCGGGAUCUCCGCAAACAAUGAAUAAUAUGGUGACUGGUGGCCAUACCAGAAGUACUAGCUAUUCGAUAUCUUAUUGUUCUCGCAAAGCUGCCAAUUCACCGAUCGAUAAGCAGGUUGAAUUGAGAAAUCGUUCCAAUGUCUUAGAAUUGGAGCGAAAUGCAAAUAAAUUUGGAUCUUCUCUGUCGAGAUCCCGCAGCGCACAAAGCCUGAAACUUUUAGGCGAUUCUGCUACUCAAGAUGAUAAGAUGACAAUUUUGGCACAAUUAUUCUGGCUUGCAGUUUCCCUGUUGGAAAGCGAUUAUGAACAUGAGUUCUUACUGGCUCUUCGUCUGCUAACUAGAGUACUUCAUCGACUUCCCUUGGAUCGUCCGGACGCACGUGACAAAGUAGAAAAACUUCAACAACAGCUAAAGUGGUCUACAUACCCUGGCAUGCACGCCUUGCUGUUAAAAGGGUGUACACACGCAACUACGUAUGAACCGUCGAUCACUGUACUUUCGCAGCUUGCACCACUUUUGAACCUUCCGGUUUGCGAUCCGACACAAAGUUGCGCCUUCCCGAUGAACGUAAUCGCUCUUCUUCCCUAUAUGCUGCUUCAUUACGAAGACGCAAACGAAAUUUGCAUCCGAAGCGCCGAGAAUAUCGCUCACGUUUCGUCGGAGAUGGGCCUAAAGUUGGAGAAUCUCGGAACGGUAAUGACACUGUACAGCCGGAAAACGUUCAGCAAGGAAUCAUUCCAGUGGACAAAGUGUGUUGUGAAAUAUUUGUACGACACCUAUGCGCACAUGGGACUGCACAUGCUGGCAUUCUUGACGGAAGUCAUGGAGAAGGGGCCGAACCAAAUUCAGCUACAGGUGCUGAGUGUGAUUCACUGCAUGCUGCACUAUAUCGAUCUGUCGUCGGUCCAAGCCCAACCGAUAGCCGGCGAUCUGCUGAGGGUCAUCUCCAAGCAUUUGGAUAGCCCCAACUGGAAGGAAGCACUGAAAAUACUUAAACUGGUCGUUACGCGCAGUUCCAGUCUGCAAGUGGUUCCACAGAGCUCCGAAAGUAGUUCUUCCUAUGCUAACAUUCACGGUAGUUACAGUGAUUCGGAAGUAUUCUGCAAAAAAGAGCUGGCCGGCCGGACGAUGGACUUCUCAUUCGACGUAUCACAGACGCCGCUGAUAGGCCGCAAAAUUUUGCUUAAAUCGGACGGAGAAAGCAGCAUCGUUUCCGCUGCUCAGUUUUCCAAGAACGGGCUUCCAUGCGCCGGAAGUGGAGCUCACUAUGGUGGCCACGCAGGAACGCCAAACUCGCCUCGGCGUAGUGCGAGCCUUUCGCCAGCCGAUACGGCUCCGCUGAGUGGUUGGAAGCGUCCCUGGAUGUCACAGGGACGAGUUCGUGAGUGCUUGGUGAACCUUCUCACCACCUGUGGACAACGAGUCGGAUUACCCAAGAGUCCAUCGGUCAUCUUCAGUCAGUCGUCCGAUCUGCUCGAGCGCCAAUCAUCGGCAGCUUCCAGUACGGAUGAAACCUCUGGCGCCCAGCAAGAUCUCAGCGGUGGUUCCAAGCGAGACGACGGUCCACCGGACUUUGGUGUAUUCAAGGACUUUGACUUCCUCGAGUAUGAGAGUGAAAGUAUCGAAGGCGAAUCGACAGAUAACUUCAACUGGGGCGUUCGUAGGAGACCCCUUUCGGAAGGGGAUAGCGAACCACUAUCGGCGACAAAGACACACUCGAAUAUGGACGAGAGUUUAAGCGAAAAGACACCGGUAUUAAACAGACGUAGAAGACCGAACGCUGAUGAUUCCAGCGACGAGGAGGUAGAAUCGGAAUCUCCACUGGACGAAGAACAGAGACCAAUUUUCUCGAAAACGUCCUAUUUAAGUGGUCCGCCCACCAGUUUGAGCUUGCGAGAGCGAAGACAUCGAAGAGACUCUGUAUCGCGAAGCGAUACCAGUGGUUCUAGUGCUGGAGAUCUUGGAGACAUCACUCCUUGUAAUGCGUCACCUCAUUUGCCGACCAUGAUAUCGUACCGACAACCGAUUCGAGAUGAAAGUGAGGAAGCUUAUCGAAGGAAUUUGAUCGCUUUGCUAGUGAAUCAACCAUCCGGCCAUGCUCCUGAUUUGCUGAACCAAUUGUUUAAGCUGAUUAAGGAGCUAUCUCAUCGAUCGAUCUCAAUUUCGAAAGAGUGUAUGCGAUACUUCACGGGAACUGGAGUCCAAUUGGGCCAUCGUAUAUCAGUGUUGUCAGAUUUGCUUUCGUCUAGAGGAGAACCACCAAAAAUUUGGUACCAUCAAAGUUUGGUGACCACUCCGAGGUUGUUUGAAAACCUAAGAUAUGGAGUUCUUGAAGUUCAGGAACAUUUGGAGACAUUUUUCGACCGAAAGGAUACCGUUCUCGAUAGCUUAGAUAACGUCAAAACGUCCUGCAAGCUUGCUUUGUUUACGUCGGACAUUGAUUCGUCAAAUGAAGGAACCGGAUCGAAUCUGAUGACGUCGAUGUCUGUUGAUCCGGCCACAACGGAGCUGCUUAUCGAUCUCGGACGCAGUCUGUACAAGCUGAUGUUCCAACUGUUGCUGCUGAUCGAAUCCGAUCACAAGAUAGCCACCAGUGUCGUGCAGAAUUUGCGCCAGAAUGAAAAAAUGCAGGAUCUUUCCAAUCUUUACGUAUCGGUUCGGGGUGCACUGCUGCGAUGUAUCGACGAUGCCGAAAUGGAAUCGUUAGAUACUUCGACAUCGACGGAAGGAGAGAACACACCCACCCCAUCGCCCGGUUUGCCGAUGAACAAUUGCGAGUUCGAAAAUAGCCUAAUCGAACUCAUUGACAACCAGAGAUGGUCGGCAGCCAUAAAUCACGUAAAGCAGCACAAACAAAUGUCGAACUUAUCGUCCUCGAAUUACAACCUCUCGGCGGGAACGAGCGGUGGCGGUGGAACCAGCGGCGCUGGCGCUGGCAGCAGCAGCGGUGGCUGUGGAUUGCAACUUGAUUCAAGUUUCGGCGGCGGUGGUGUUGGUGGUGGCGGUUACGGCAUCAGUUCGGAAUUCAAAUCCACUGAUGAUUUAUCGAUUAUCCUGAACAUCUACUCGCAGAGACUUACUAAGGAGCGUAACGAUGUAUUCAUCGCUUCUCGGUCGGAAAUCGAGCUGAGUGAAAUUUACCAAAUACUGAUGGAAAAUCUGUUGCACGUAUCGUCCGCCCUGUCCAACAUGGAGAUCGGACUGAAGGCAGUCAACAACACCAGCUCAUCGUCGUCGACGGUAACCACAAUGACGACUGUUCCGGUUGGCACCGGGUCAACAGCGGUGGGCGGCAUUCCAGCACCUGGCAUUGGAGUUUCACCUCCGUCGCCACAUGCCUCCGGUGGCGCGGUUCCGCUUGGUCCAGUGCUGGCAUCAACCAACCCAUUUAAGGAUACGGUUGAUAUUAUCACUACGCUGUAGGUUGCAUCGAAGACUGCAAAACCCCGGUCGGUCAGGAUAGGUUCUAAUUAAUUACUUUUAAUUUGCUGCGCAUUGCCAACUGUAACGGAAAUCAUUGAUUUAUGUUUGCCCGGCUGUUCGAAAGCCGAGAGCGCUGUAAUUUUACACAAGUGUCAGGUAAACAGUUUCCGGAUCAACGGAGCUGGAUAAAUAAUCCUCUACAGAGUUAAACACGAUAGGUUGAGUAAUGAUUUGAAUGUGAAUGUCAACUACUUAUCUGAUUGCCACCGACUGGGGACUUGACGACUGUUGCUGCGUGCAGAAUGAAUUAAUAUGUUACAGUUUACCUUCGGGUAAAUAAUAAUAUACGUAUGAAGUCGUAAUUUUUUAGAGAUUAAAAGGCAUCAUAAAGUUUUACGAAUAAACACUACAAUAUAAUCAAUUUAUAUAGCACGCGUUCUAGUGUAUCUAUUUUUCCACGUAUUGGA